AUGCAGCUGACCUAUGCCCUCCUCACUGUCCUCGCCUGCACCCUGUCUGGCUGCAACGCUGAGUCUGCGUCCACAGAUACUACAAUGAUCGCAACGGACUCCGUCUCAAUUCGGUCGUUGACUCGCAUGGACACCGGCGAGAACCAACAGAGAUUCCUGAGAACCGACGAAGGGGACGCCAGAGACGACGAAGAGAGAGGGUGGAAGGAGGUGGUCCAGACCGUGCGCGAGAAGAUAGCGAGAGCAAAGUUCCCGGCUUGGUAUGCGAGUGGUAAGACACCAGAAAAGCUGGUCGAGGAGCUGCAGCUGGUGUACCCCAUGACCAAACACAAGAAUUUCCCGAUUUACAAGAGCUACAAGACUUACUACGAUUCGAUCCAUAGAAGCUACCCGUAA